AUGCUGCCGGCGGUGUACGAAAAAGUCAAGGCCGAAUUAAAGGACACCGUUCGCAGCCAAGUGAAGUCAUUGUGCAUCACAAUUGACAUUUGGACAUCUCUCGCAAAUGAUUCAAUGCUAGCCGUGACCGGCCAUUAUAUUGAGGAAGAAGAGUUUGCCAUCAAAUCGUUAUUGUUAGAUUGUGUUCCUCUUGACGAUGCCCAUACGGCGAAAAAUUUAGCUGACACAAUAAAAUCCAUUUGCCAGGAGUGGAAUGUCAGUGACAAAAUUCUUCUGGCCGUUUCAGACAAUGGCGCCAAUAUUAAAAGCGCUAUUGAAAGGGAACUGGCGUGGAAACAUUUCCCCUGUUACACACACACCCUAAAUUUGGCAGUAAGUGACGUUUUAAAAAGCCCAGAGAUUGCUGAGAUUUUAAAUAAAAUGAAGGGAAUAGUCCGACAUUUCAAAAAAAGCAAUCUGGCGUGGGAAAAAUUGAAACGGUACCAGGAACAAGCCGGUACCACUGCCAAACGACUACUACAGGAGGUUCCAACGAGGUGGAAUUCCACCUACUAUAUGUUACAAAGAUGUGUGGAAAUACGAGAACCCCUCAACAGUGCCAUGGUAAACCUUGGAAUGAGCCCUGUCACUAGUUACGAGUGGGAAUUAUGCCAAGAAUUGUGCCAGAUACUCCAUCCGUGUGAAGAAGUCACACGCGAAUUGAGUGGCCAAAAAUAUAUUACUGGCAGCCUAGUGAUCCCCAUUACGGUAGGCCUUAUAAAAGCGUUGGAGCAGUUAGGGGAACAAAAUGUUUUGAUGUCAGAUAUUGACAAAAUACGCCAGGACCUCAUAGGAAAUAUAAAACGGAGGUUUUAUAACUUAAAUAACAGUAAGACUUUUGGUAAUUGUAUGUUUCUCGACCCGAGAUUCAAAUUUUAUUUUGAUGAUCCACAUGUGGCAGAUGAAACCAAACGAAGAAUGGUUUCCUUGGUUGCAGCUCAACAUUCGCGUGAUGCAGUGACAACAAACAAUAUAACAAUAAAUAUCGAGGAAGUUGAACCCACGUCGUGUCCACGUCCAAUCAAAUCAAUCUGGCAAGAUUUUGAGCGGAGGAUGCAAGGCAUCCAACCCGAAGGCACAGCUCAGUCCCGCGCUAUCGUAGAGGUGCAACGUUACUACGAUGAUAAAAUUAUUAAUCGUAACGAGUGCCCCUUAAAAUGGUGGAGAGAGCACAAGUCGGGGUACCCGACACUAUACAAAAUAGCAGCCACGAAGCUCAACGCCAUGGCUUCAUCAGUGCCUUGCGAAAGGGUAUUCUCUGCAGCAGGGAAUAUCCUUAAUGAAAGGUGGACACGGCUAGGGAAGAAUCGUGCACGCGCUAGUGCUCGAAGAGAUCAGUAUCGGGAAGACGGAUUCCUAAUCAAGAAGGAAGAAGAGCGUUUCGAAGACAAAAUUAACAAGACUUUGUUCUUCGGUUUUGACGAUGCGUCCGAAGCCAGGACAACAGGCAAACAGUAG